AGUUCAGUCAUCGGAGGGGUGCAUUUGAUAGCGACCGCAUCCGAUAUGGGCUCGGUGCUGUCGUCAGUCAAUAUCGCGCGAUAGCGCAACCGAGUCACCAACCGGGUACGGUCCGCACACUUACACUGCCGGCAGCUGUUCAAGAGUGCGCACACGCUUCGGAAGAUGACGAACCAGGAGAGCGAACGUAUUGUAAGCGGUCCGCCGCACAAAUCGGACAUUACUGCUGGGUGUGGAUCGUUGGGUAGCUUCGUGCGGAGCAAGCUGUUGCAGAACGGUUCCGAUAUAGCGUUGAUCGAUGGAGUUUACGGAACGGAAACUACGUACAUGGAGUUGCUGGAGCAGGGCGCUCGAGUGGCCGAGUGUCUACGGCGGGAUGUUGGCAUACGGAGCGGUGACGUAAUAGGGCUAGUCUCGGAGAAUCGGCUCGAGUUUCCGACCAUACUGGUUGGGUCCUUUCUGCUCGGUGCUACAGUCGCUCCCAUCAACCUUACCUACAGCGAACGGGAGUUCGUGCACGCGUUUAAUUUGUCAAGACCCCGUAUCGUCUUUCUGUCCGCAUUUGCCGCUGAUCGGGUAGUUGCAGCAGCUCACCAGUGCACUAGCUUCAUCGAACGCUUGGUACUGUUUGGGGAUGAAAAUCUGUGUGAAGAUGCGUCUGCCAGUGUGCCUUACACACUGAUGGAACAGUUCGUUGCCCCGGUUUCGUUCGUUAAUCCUCUGGCAAUGGACAUUGUACCUACGAACGUGCAGGAGCACGUCGCCUUGAUCAUGUGCUCGUCCGGUACGACCGGCCUGCCGAAGGGUGUUCAACUAACCCAGGCGAACGUAAUGGCUAGUGUAGCCUUGACAGAAGAAUCAAACUCACUGACGGAGACGGAGGAUCCGAUGGUGGUCCUGUGUGUAUUGCCCUGGUUCCACGCGUUUGGUUGCCUUAGCCUCAUCAACGUUCUCUGCAUUAAGGAGCGUAUGGUGGCGUUGCCCAAGUUUGAGGACUUUCUUUACCUCGGCUGUAUCGAAACGUAUCGCUGCAAUACACUCCUGUCGGUGCCUCCUAUUGUGCUGUUCCUGGCUAAGCAUCCACUCGUCGAUAGCUACGAUCUUACCAGUGUGCGUACGAUCAUCUGUGGUGCUGCUCCACUGUCCCGUGAGACGGAGGAGCUAGUACUGCAGCGGCUACCGCACGUACAGCACAUACGUCAAGGGUAUGGUAUGAGUGAGCUAACGCUGGCCACACUCAUCCAGAGCGGGGAGGACCACAAACCGGGCAGUGUUGGACGCGUGCAGAUAGGCACGCAGGUAAAGGUGGUUGAUCCAACCACGGGCAAAAGUCUCGGGCCGAACGAGCGCGGCGAGCUUUGCUUCCGCGGUACCCAGGUCAUGAAGGGAUAUAUUGGUGAUGAGCAGGCAACGCGCUACACGAUCGAUACCGAGGGUUGGCUGCAUUCGGGUGACGUUGGGUACUACGAUGAGGAUGGCGAGUUUUUCGUCGUGGACCGGCUGAAGGAGCUGAUCAAGUACAAAGGGUACCAAGUGCCACCGGCAGAGAUUGAAGCUGUUCUGCUGACUCAUCCCGCCGUGCUGGAUGCGGCCGUUAUCGGUGUUCCGGAUGAGGCGGCGGGCGAGCUACCGUUGGCGUUCGUUGUACGGCAACCGAACGAUGCCGGGGCUGCCGUUAGCGAGACGGAGAUUGUGAAGUUCGUAGCGGACCGUGCGUCCGCGGCAAAGCGGCUGCACGGUGGAGUCCGGUUCAUCGACGCCAUUCCGAAGAACCUGAGCGGUAAGGUUCUGCGCCGCGAGUUACGCGAGCUGGUGAGUGGGGAGAACAGGCGGGCCAAGCUGUAAGGGCGCUCUUAUCAACGGACUGUUUAAUUCGAUAACUCAAUUGUUGGUGAGUUUUACGCAACAGCUUACUUAAAGAAACUGAUAAGCGGGGUGUAAUAUCUUGAAGCUGGUUGGAGUGGUCUCCAUAAUCGGAGCGGGCAGGUCAACGGCACACAAUUCAUGUAGACAUACUACAGGGUAAACAAACAAUAAAAAUCAAUUAUCAUAAUCAAUAGCAA